AGCAGAACAAGUUGUUGUUUUGGUGUGUACCUGUAAAUGCAUGUACAAUGAACCAAACGGUAGAUGUCUCCCUACUCCGCGUAGCUGUGUGGCUUCACUGGUACGCUGCUGUCUACAGAUGACGGAGUCGCCAUUUUGAAAAGCAAAUCGUUCACAGCACACCCGCCCUGAGUCCUGGAACUAUGCCGCGGGGCCGGCCUCGCAAACUGAGAGUUAAAAGCAACGACGAAACAGAUGCAGAUCCCAGUGAAACUAAAGCGGAAGGUUUCAGUGAUGGAGAGCUCAAGGACAAGAAGUGCACAAUAUGCUGUCAGAUCUUUACCACAGAGAGCCAGCUGCAGAAGCAUCUCCGUGAACAUGAGGUCAACGAUAAGCCACAUCGAUGUGACCAGUGUCCACAGACAUUUAACGUGGAGUUCAACCUCACCCUCCACAAGUCCACACACACCACCUCUGACUUCACCUGCCCCGUUUGCAAUAAGAAGUUCUCCCGCAUUGCCAGUCUCAAAUCUCAUAUCAUGCUGCACGAGAAGGAGGAGAAUUUGAUUUGUGCAGAGUGUGGAGAUGAGUUUGUUCUCCAGAGCCAGCUCUCUUUGCACUUGGAGGAGCACCGUAAGGAGCUGUCAGGCAUCAAGGUCUACACCUGCAAGACCUGUGACAAGGAGUUCAAGACAUCUGCACACCUCAAGGAGCACACAAAGAGUCACAUCAAGAUGAGACCGCUCACCUCUAGUUCCAGAAACUACAAGAAAAAUAUUGAUCGCAGUGGGUUCACAAACAGCUGCCAUCACUGUGGAAAGGCUUUCAAAAAGCCCAGCCAGCUUGUCAGACACAUACGAAUACACACAGGUGAGAGGCCCUAUAAGUGCACACACUGUGGCAAGGCUUUCAACCAGAAGGUGGUGCUGCAGACUCACAUGGUGAGACACACUGGAGAGAAACCUCACCUCUGCAUGUUCUGCCCAGCUUCCUUCUCCCAGAAGGGGAACCUGCACUCCCAUGUUCAGAGAGUUCAUUCUGAGACUAAAGGGGUACCGCUAUUCCCAUGCAUGGACUGCAGCUGUGUAUUUAAGAAGCUGGGCAGUCUGAAUGCCCACAUAAGCAAGAUGCACAUCUCUGUGAUUGAGGUUCCCUCCAGCACUCCGGAGACAGAGACGACAGGUCAGGGUACAGGGGGAUCAGAAGGUGGCGAGGGGGUGACAGAUGUUAUCCAGCAACUUCUAGAGCUGUCUGAACAGGUCAGCGGGGAGACAGCUCAGCCCCAACCUCCAGAGCCAGCUAUUGCCAUGGAAACUGCUAUCAACCAGGACAUCUUGCAGCAAGCUCUGGAGAACAGUGGGCUGAGUGUGGUCCAACCGCAGGGGGACGCCACAUCCAGAGAAUCACAGAACCAGACCACCGAGAGCACUGCUGUAGAAAGCAAGAGAGUACAAGGUCCAGACAGACCAACCAGGGAAAAGAAAAGGAGCAUUUUCAAGAAACCUAUACAAAUGCCAGGCUCCAUCAGGGAAGAGAAUGGUGUUCGCUGGCAUGGCUGCCCAUACUGCUCCAAAGAGUUCAAGAAACCAAGCGACCUUGUUCGCCACAUCCGCAUCCACACCCACGAGAAGCCUUUCAAGUGCAAACAGUGCUUCAGAGCUUUUGCUGUCAAGAGUACCCUCACAGCACAUAUGAAAACGCACACGGGUAUCAAGGCCUUUGAGUGUCAGUGCUGUCUGAAGUGCUUCUCCACUUCUGGCAGCAUGAAGGUACACAUGCGGCUGCAUACAGGUGUACGUCCUUUCCCCUGCCCUCACUGUGACAAGAUCUUUCGUACAUCAGGCCACAGGAAGACACAUGUUGCUUCACACUUUAAAAGCCUGCAGCAGAAGAAGCACAAAUUUCCAAGGAAAACCAACAAAGCCAAAGUGUCAAAGAGUAAUCUACCUCUGCCUGAUAUCACCCUGCAGGAACCCAUCCUCAUCACUGACUUUGGCCUCAUCCCAUCCCAGAACCCUCGCCUGGCUUUCCAACAGUACCUGGAGGUGGUGGGCAAUGACCGGCCUUAUAAGUGCCAGUUCUGUAGUAAGGCCUAUAAGAAAUCAAGCCAUCUGAAACAGCAUGUCAGGUCUCAUACAGGAGAACGGCCCUACAAGUGUGUGCAGUGCGGUCGGGGUUUUGCCUCCUCUGGAGUGCUCAAAGCUCACAUCAGGACACACUCAGGCCUAAAGGCGUACAAGUGCUUGAUGUGCGACACAACGUUCACCACCAGCGGCAGCCUGCGACGCCACAUGACCACCCACAGUGACCUACGACCUUACAUGUGUCCCUACUGCCAGAAGACCUUCAAGUCAUCACCCAACUGCAGGAAACACAUGAAGACACACAGGUAUGAACUGGCCCAGCAGCUGCAGCCCCAGUCAACAGAAGACCCACUAGGAGCAGGCACUGUGGCCCACGAUAUGCAUGUGGAAAUAGAGGGCGAUUCCCUCCAGCAACCACCUGCCACCUCAGCAGAGCAGCAAAGCAUGCUGGGACUGGGCCAGACCGAGGUCGUGAAUGGAGGUCAACAAGUGACACUGGAGGCACCCCUGAGUGAUCAACCGCUGGUACAAGGAGGAGACUCGUAUGUGACUACCCAACAUGCUUUGCCUCAGAAUAUCAGCCAGUUUGAGACACCAGCCCUUCCUCAGCCUGCCUUUGACCAGCAAGCUCUAACACAAGGGUUUACCAUUCCUGAAUCGAGCUACAAUCAGUCCCAGUUCUCCACCGUCCAGCAACUGCAGGAUUCCAGCACCCUGGAGUCUCAGGCCCUGUCCUCUAGCUAUCACCCCCCGAAUCUGCUCACCGUUCCCAGUGCUGAGGUGACGAAUGGGCUUCUGCAGCAGAGCACUCAGAGUGAGCUUCAGCUGACUGAAACACAGGAUUACCAGGACAACAGUGAGGACAACACCAAGAGAGCCUACAGGUGCACAUGGUGUAAUAAAGGCUUCAAAAAGUCCAGCCAUCUGAAGCAGCACGUGCGCUCCCACACUGGGGAGAAACCAUACAGAUGCUACCUCUGUGGACGAGCCUUUGUGUCAGCCGGAGUGCUCAAGUCCCACCUCAACACACAUACAGGAAUGAAGCCCUUUAAGUGUGAUGUUUGUGACGCCUCAUUCACCACAAAUGGCAGUCUGAACCGCCACAUGAUUAUCCACAUCAAGUCUUUCAAAUGCUCCAUGUGUGAUGAAAGCUUCAGGACCAGCCUGUUGUGUAAAAAGCAUACGAAGAAGGAGCACGCUGUGGAUCAAAUUAUAGGUCUGGAUAAUCGAGACAUUGAGGAAGAGGAGGAAGAAGAGGAAGGCGAGCAAAAGUUAUCAAAGAGGAGGGGUUUGGAAAUCAUCACUUUCACUGAGGAGCAGGCGGCCGAGCUGGCGAAGGAUCCCGGUGAGGAGGCCUCAGUGUCGGAGCGGAUCCUGGCCCAGUCAGCAGCUGAGAGGGAUCGGAUCAGCGAGAUCAAAGACAAGGCUGUGGAGCUGGAGACAGAGCCUAAGUUUGCAAACUGUUGCAGUUACUGCCCCAAGAGCUUUAAGAAGCCCAGUGACCUUGUCAGGCACAUCAGGAUCCAUACAGGAGAAAGACCUUACAAGUGUGAUGAAUGUGGGAAAAGUUUUACAGUGAAAUCUACCCUGGACUGCCAUGUGAAGACACAUACAGGUCAGAAACUGUUCAGCUGUCACAUGUGCAACACCUCUUUCUCUACAAAGGGGAGCUUAAAGGUGCACAUGCGCCUUCACACCGGCUCCAAGCCCUUCAAAUGUCCAUUCUGUGAACUCCGCUUCAGAACGUCAGGCCAUCGCAAAACCCACAUCCAGUGCCACUUCCGGCCAAAUAGCGACAGCCGCAAGGCCAAGCGAUCUGCCUCGUCUACUGGUCAGGCUGGUCAGGGUCAAGACCCAGGGACAGGGCAGGCUGUGGCCCCGGGCCAGGGGCAGCAGGCGGCUGCUUCAGAGGCUCUUCAGCCUGUGGGUCUGCUACAAACACCCAACUCUGACCCCAGCAUUUACCUCCCAGCCAACCAAGUCCUGACAGGGCAGUUUGACCAGAAUCUACUGCAACCGGGACUAGUGGGACAGGCCAUCCUGCCCGCCUCCAUGUCAGCCGCAGGAGACCUGACUGUCUCUCUCCCAGAUGGCCUGACAACACUGGAUGGCAUCCAACUGCAGUUGACACCUGCCAACCUGGUUUGCCCCAAUGUCCAGAUCUCUGGCAUCGAUACCAGUAACAACAUCACACUACAGAUUGACCACGCCCUUCUCCAGCAGACCUUGCAGCAGGGCAGUCUCCUCUCUCAUCCCCUGAACGUUGACACAGGCCUCGUCUCCCACACUGGCAGCCAGCUCAUGUCCACCACUGACCCCUCCGUGUCCGCCAAUGUCGUCAUCCACCCACUAACCAGCCUGGCCCUGCAGCCCUCCACCAUCACACCUGCGCAGGUCACAAUGGCCGGGCUCUCUGACCAGGAUGCUGCAGGUUCUCAGGACCUAAGCCAUGUCAUGACCAGCUCUGGGCUGGUAGCUGGAAGUAGCAGCGGUCAGGAGAUCACACUGACCAUCAACAACUCCAGUCUGACACAAGCCCUAGCCCAGGUACAGGCCCAGGCCUCAGCUGCUGGUUCUAGCACUGCAGCAGGAAAUCCUCAAGAGAUCACCCUCACCAUAUCAGGUCAGGAUCUGCUCCCCCAGCAUAGCAACCCUAAUGGUGCAGAGGUGAACGGCAGCAUCAGGUUGGCAUCACCACUCAAUAGCCAGCCCACCAGUGCAACCUUGACCAUCACCAGUGACCACCUCCUACCUCAGAGCCCUGCCAACACUGGAAUGGCAGUUACCAGCCUGCCACCUAGCACCACCCUGUCACAUACUGCUGCGUCCCAGAGCCUAGUGAUGUCACCAGGAGGCGUGGCCAACGAUGGCAGUGUUACUUUAACCCUCGCUGAUGCACAGGGUAUGCUGGAUGGUGUCACUCUAAACCUCAAUACACAGGGUCAGACAUUUCCUGCAGUGCUGAAUGACUCUGGUCUGCCCGGGCAGCCAGCCAGCUCAGGCCAGCAGGUCAUACUGAUUUCUGGCAAUGGGCAAAAGGGUGGGAAGGACGCCCAGACGGAGGGUGACAGUCGGAACCAGUGUUAUUACUGUAAUCAGGUGUGCCAGAAUGCCAACACACUGCGACGCCACUGCAGGCAAGCUCACGGCAAGGACCGCUGUCACGUCUGCAGUCUCUGUAACAAGGCUUUCAAGCGAGCCACACACCUGAAGGAACAUGAACGGGUGCACCAGCCAGGCCCGUCACCCAGUUCCCAGAAACCCAGAGUCUUCAGUUGCUCCUCCUGCGUGAAGGCCUUCGCUAAGCGCAGCCAGCUAGAAAGACACAACCGUACACACACAGGCGAGCGUCCCUUCAAGUGUAGUCAGUGCGACAAGGCCUUCAACCAGAAGAGCGCUCUGCAGGUCCACAUGGUCAAGCACACUGGAAAGAAGCCCUUCAAGUGUGAGGUGUGCAGCAUCAGGUUCACACAGAAGAGCAACAUGAAACACCACAUGAAGAGAUCCCACGGCUACGGUCAGAUCCAGGAAGUGUCCCUAGGCCAAGAAGAAACAGCACCUCAGGUCGAGGUAACUCCUGAACUUGACCUGGAGGUUGUUCCUGAAUCAUCCGGAGAUUGGCAGAAUGUCUUCCCCUGACCAUAAACCAUGAGUCCCAAGAUUCAAAAAAGCACCGUACAGUGUAACAAGCACUGACUGAGUUUACACCGCAACAACAAAGCUUUGCCAAAUAAAUUGCUCUUCUCCAAAGGGUUAUUUGGUCAGAAAAAGAUUGGAGACAUUUUAGAUUUGCUCCACUGUAUAUUGAGGGCUUUUACCCUGGUAGCAGUCCCCUGCUGUUUGUACAAAUUAGCAGUGAGGUAAGGGGAGUCUGGUUCCCUCUGAUUGGCUUAAUGACUUUUAUCUGUUUUGCUACCGUCUGAUUGUCAUCAAUAUGAUAACCUCCAGAGAGGUUUGGCUCAAUAAACACAGGCAUCCCAGAGAAUUCUCCAGUCAGGAGAUGCAGGUCCCUCUAAUUCUGAGCCAGUUGCAAAGAGAGGAAACUGAACUCUGCGAGAACGCUCCCCAGAGACGAGCGUCUUGUCUCUUUAUUACUGGUCUGUUCACAGGGACGUACGCAGAGCUGCAAACAACUGUACUGCUGUCAUCGCUUCAAAAGCAACUGUGAAACAGCACAUAAAGUAGAAAUCCCUUUUCACUGGUUUACAAAUAAUGUCUUUUUUUACAUUUUUUUUUUUUUUUUACUUAUUUAUACUGUACAUAUUUCGUCUUGAAGUGAAAUGUCAUUUGCAGUUUGUUACAUCUAUGUUUUUCUUAGAAAGCAGCGCCAAACCUGUUUAAAGCUUGCCACUGAGCUGUGAGCACACUGCUCUGGAUUUGAUGCUGUUGGAGCUUUUUUGACUGAACGUGUCAGCAUUGUGUUUCCUGUUGUCGUCCUAUCAUUUAAACUUGCACCGCAGGCAUGGUCUUUACUGUAGUUCACUUUGUAAAUAGUGUAGUUAGAUGGCGUAUAUUUUCUGAUGAACUGCCACAACAUGGGUUGGUUGGAAAGUUGUAAUUUAGGCAUUAUGAUGCAUUUGUUAUGAAGCAAAGCCAAUGUACAGACAAUAAGCUCUUUUUUUCCCCCCUCUUUUUUGCAGUUGUAUUUUCUA